AUGGGCGAUGAUGGCCCCCUAUUCUCGAUUGGCAACGCUGAGCGAUAUCGCGACAAUGCUACCGCUGCAUCUGCCCUCAGGCCAGACCUGCCUGGACAGGCACCUUCGCAAUCGGGCACAGGAAGCCUUCCGCGAACAGAUGAUGCCAGCAAGGCGAAGUCGUUAUUACAGUCAAGUCUCCCUGCUGCUCCAGUCCUCGCCUUGCCAUCGGGUGGCGGUGCAGUCAAGGGCAUGGGCGAGAAGUUCUCAGUGAAUUCAAGCAACGGCACCGGCUCCUUCUCUGUUCCCAUCAAGGUCUCGCCUGGACGAUCAGGUUUACAGCCAAGCCUAUCACUCAAUUAUGACUCAGGUAAUGGUAAUGGGGAGUUUGGUCUUGGAUGGCGGCUCUCGGGCGUAGACGCUAUAACUCGAAAGACAUCGAAAGGCGUGCCUCGCUACAACGACCACGGGCCCCGAGAAGAUACUGAUGUCUUUGUCUUGGCCGGUCUGGAAGACCUGGUCCCACUAUGGAAGCGUGAUGUGGCAGGUAAUGUGGUAUUUGACUCAGACAAACAACCUCGAUACGAUGAAGAGGAUAUUGACGGCCACAAGGUGCGAGCGUAUGCGCCCCGAAUCUUGAGCGUCUUCAAUCGCAUCGAGCGAUGGACAAGCUUGGCAGAUGCCAAUGAAGUACACUGGCGUGUCAUCAGCGCCGACAACGUUACGUCCAUCUUUGGGUUGACUGCUGCGUCCCGAAUCUAUGAUACCAGCUCAGACAAUAUCCCUGCCAACACUCGCAUCUUCUCCUGGCUCCAAACAGAGCUGUACGACUCUCGCGGGAAUGCCAUGACAUUCACCUACAAACGUGAAGAUGCCGCCGACGUCAAGCUAUCCCAGGCAAAUGAGCUCCAUCGCUCACAGACAUCGCGUAAAUCCAAUCUAUAUCUCAAACGCAUCCGAUAUGGGAACAUCAAUCCGAAUCGUGAUCUGACAACGUGGGAGGCCUUCUCAGCCACUUCUUUGCCCCAAACAUCCUCUGUGUGGAAGUACUCACUUGUGUUCGACUACGGUGAGCAUGCUGAUGAGAAUCCUAAGCCGGAUGACGAUGGGCGAUGGUCUUGCCGGAGUGACGCUUUCUCGCGAUACAACGCGGGCUUCGAGCUCCGUACGUACCGUCUUUGUCAACGUGUGCUUAUGUUUCAUCACUUCCAAGAGUUGGAAACUGAAGAUAGCAUCGUCUCCUCAGUCGAUUUCUCCUACGAUGAGAGCCCAACGGUGACCUACCUCAUCGCCGCGCAACAGGUCGGUUACUCAGGUAACGGCAGACAACAGCCUCCUCUCAGAAAGCGUCAACCGCCUGUCGAGUUUGGAUAUUCUCGCUUUCCUUCCGACGAUACUCUGUCGGACCUCGUUGUUGAGAACGUAGAUCUUAGCAGCGUUCAAAACUUGCCCGCGGGCUUGGACAACACAAGUUAUCGCUGGCUUGAUCUUGACGGUGAGGGCAUUUCGGGCAUAUUGACCGUCCAGCCAGAGGCUUGGUACUAUAAGAGGAACACAAGCCCAACUAACUACUCUUUGGCGCCAUCCGGUAUGGAUCCAGGCAAAGUUCAAGCACGUUUCGGCCCGCUUGAGUUUCUGAAGCAUGGCCCGUUUCCCACAGCAUCUGCAUGGGACAUGCAAUUCUCCGAUGUCACGGGCAACGGUAAACUCGACCUGGUAUCACACGUUGCCCAACAGUGGGGCUUUUAUGAGAGAAACGACGAUGAGCCACAGGGAUGGUUAAAUUUCCGCCCUUUUCUGAAGUUUCCAAAUGUCCGACCUGGCCACUCUGUCCAAUUUCUCGAUCUCACGGGUGACGGGCUCGCUGAUAUCCUAAUUUACGAUGACCAAGUCUUCACCUGGUACUCCUCGCGACAAUCCGACGGAUACGGACCUCCACAAUCUGUCACGCAGCCUUGGGAUGAACGAGAAGGCCCCGUCAGUGUCUUUGCGGACAGCCAACAGAGUAUUUUCCUGGCUGACAUGUCCGGGGAUGGACUGGUGGACAUAUGCCGCAUUCGAAACGGUGACUGCUGCUACUGGCCUCAACUAGGCCAUGGCAACUUUGGCCGACAGGUGUGCUUUGACAAUGCGCCUUGGUCUGACUACAGUGACCAGUUUGAUCAUAGUCGAAUAAGGGUCGCGGAUGUCGAUGGCUCCGGCACCUCUGAUAUCCUUUAUUUGAGCGAUGCUGGUGUCGAAAUCUACCAGAAUCAGGCGGGCAACAGCUUCUCAGCGAAGAAGACGGUCCCAAUGCCAGCUGUGAACCGCAGCGCUACCUUCAAUACCGUCGACCUCCUUGGAAAUGGCACCCAAUGUAUGGUGUGGUCUUCACCUUUACCGUGUGACAAGAAUGCUCCGAUGCGAUAUGUCGACAUAUUCGCAAAUGUCAAGCCACAUCUUCUCGUCCGCAUGAACAACAACCUAGGUGCUGAAACAACGAUCAGGUAUGCACCUUCGACCAAGUUCUAUCUCGCGGACCAAGAAAAGGGCAAUGACUGGAUCACAAAGGUGCAUUUUCCGGUCCAUGUUGUAGAUAAGAUUGAAACCCAGGAUCUUGUUACAGGCAACAAGUUCACGACCAGCUACCGUUAUGCGCACGGUUUCUACGAUGGAACGGAGAGAGAAUUCCGUGGCUUUGCCCGCAUGGAGCAGAUUGAACGAAGUCGCUUCGCCGACGGAGACAGCGCAUGGUGCACGCCACCGGUUCGUACUGUGUCAUGGUUCCAUACCGGUGCCUACUACAACUCGCAGCGCAUGGAGGAUCUUUUGUUCAAGGAAGUGUUCCAUGCCCGUGACUCGUCUGGACGGCCCGUGACUCUACAGCAGACUAUCAUGCCACCAGACUGCACCGAGGGGUUCCAACAAAUGGAGGCUUGUCGUGCGCUGAAAGGAAAGCUGUUGCGGAGGGAGGUCUACGCCGAAGACGGCAGCGAUAGGGAGCGCAUCCCAUAUUCCGUCCAGGAGACGAACUAUAUCAUCGUCGCCAGGCAGCCGAUCCAAGAUAGUCAGCAGCAUGGAAUCUAUCACGUUCACCCUCGUGAAACUUUGGCAUCGCACUACGAACGGAAUCCAGAAGAUGCUCGCGUUGCCCACCAGAUCAGCUUGGAAGUCGAUGAUUUUGGCAAUGUGCGAAAGGACAUUCGUAUAUCCUAUGGCCGACACCCUGGGAAGAGCGAGCUCGAGGCCGAGGACCGUCUCAAGCAGGAGACUUUGACUAUGAUCUACAACGAGGUCGAUGUUACCAACAGCCUAGAGGGGAGGCAUUUCCGGGUUCCUGCCCCUUGCAGCUCACGUCAGUACGAAGUUCGUGGUCUCAAGCCAAACGGAACCAAUGCGCUCUUUCGCUUUGAUGACAUGGUCAAGGAUGAUUUUGCGGCCAUUUUAUUGCUUCCUUCUGUACCAUCGUCAGACUGGGACAAACCUGACGCUAUUCCCGUUCGUGGGAGGCGUCUUCUCCGGCAAGAACGCGCUCUAUUCCAAGCAGACAACCUUUCCGACAUACUCCCAAUUGGCAAGAUUGAGAACCUUGGUUUGCCAGGAGCCUACCAUCAACUAGUCUUCACGAAGGACCUCUUUGCCGAGUUGUACGCCUCUCCCGAUACGACACAGCCUCUACUCUCUGCUUCGGAAGUCUUCGCUGGCCAAGGCUAUAUAGAUCUCGAUGGAGACGGCAACGUUUGGACGAACACCGCCAAAGUCUCAUACACUUCCGAUCCAAGCACUGAUGAGCUGGCUGAGGCGCGCAGGUCAUUCUUCUUACCCAAAACCUUUGUGGACAUCUUCGGCAAUACCUCUACUGUCAGCUAUGAUGCUUAUUCAUUCUUCCCGGUCGGCUCUCGUGACGCCGCAGGCAAUGUCUCGACUAUCACGAUGAACUAUCGCGCCUUGAAACCCGCUACCGUUACCGACCUCAAUGGCAACGUAUCUUCUGCAGCUUACGAUAGCACGGGCUCGGUUGCAGGAGUUGCGAUUUCUGGCAAGCCCUCGGAUAAUCUAGGGGACACCAUGCUUGGAUUUCAACCAGAUUUGUCGCAGGAAGCUCUCGAUCGGUUCCUAUCGAAUCCCGAUGCGCAAGCCGCUGCUGCACUGCUGGGAAAUGCCACUAGCCGUGUUCUGUACGACCCGUGGAGGAUGAAGGACCAUGGACUUCCGAUCUAUUCGGCUUUCAUCUCCCGCGAAACUCACGUUAACUCGCCCGUUCCCCGAACCGGAGCACUGUUCCAGGUACAAAUCACCUAUUCUGACGGAUUUGGUCGAGAGAUCCAGGUAAAGACGCAUACCAAAGCGGGACCUCUCGGAGACCGGGGUCCCGAUGUGCCAGACCGCUGGGUUGGUAGCGGCUGGAAGGUCUUCAACAGCAAGGGCAAACCCGUGAAGCAAUUUGAACCAUUCUUCGAUACAAGCGCAGAGUAUCAACCUGACAUGAAGGUCGGAGUAUCUCCUCUCUCGCUUUACGACGCACUGGACCGAGUGGUGGCCGUGACUCGCUUCGAUGCGAACGACAAUGUGGAGAUCUCGGAUCCCCGCAACGAUCCUGACGUUGGUCAGUACUUCAAACCUCUCCCACUCUCCGAGUUUCUCCCCUCGUGGUUCGACACGAAGAGCAAGAGCGCCCUUCUAGCCGAAAGAGAAGCCGCAAAUCGGACCUUGUCACACAGAAAUACACCCCAGACCUCUUUUCUAGACGGCCUCGGUCGUGUGUUCCUCGUCACUACGUCACUCCCAGACACAGUCCGGACCACCACGGACCUGGACAUUCUAGGAAAUGGACGAGUCAUUCGAGAUGCACUUUCUCGCAAGGUUACCGUUUCUGCAUAUGACAUGUGCCAGCGAAAGGUUUCAUCCACGACCAUUGACUCGGGCUGGACCUGCAAGCUUCUGGACGGAGCCGACAAGGAGAGCAUGACAUGGAACAACCGCGGCUUCAGGCUUCGUAUCGAGUCUGAUCGGCUUCGACGGCCUAAGAAUACAUGGUGGCUCGACGCAAAUGCUACAUCUGAGGUCCUGACAAGUCAGAUCAUCUACGGCGAGGACUUUCCGUCUCUGGCGACUGACGAUGCCGCGGCGCACAACCUCAGGGGUAAAGUGUGGCAAGUACUAGACCAAUCGGGCAUCGUUACAAACUCGGACUAUGACUUGGCUGGGAACAUAACACACUCGUUGCGUAAGCUGUCUUCCAAUUACAAGCAAACCUUUGGCGUUUCGAUGGACAUGCCCUUAGAGGACGGUCAGCACGAGUCAACAGAAGAGUUCGACAUUUUGCGCCGCCCGGUUCGCUCCAACACCUCGGAUGGAACCAUCACCAGUCGAGUUUACGACCAAUCAACCCAGCUCAGCACAAUGUACGUGAAUGUUGAUGGCCAACAUGCUAUUGAUGCAGACCCGACGAGCUGGACCCUCGUCCUCAACAACGUGCAGUACAAUGCUCGGGGCCAGGUGACAAGCAUUAUGUAUGGAAACGGUACAACCACCACUUGCACAUACGAUCGACUCCGCUCGCGCCUCCGGCAGCUACAGACAACUGGGCCAGGGAACGGCAAUAUCCUGCAAGACCUAAGUUACACCUACGACGCUGUCGGCAACAUCACGAACAUCCAAGAUGCUGCUCAGCAGACAGCGUUCUUCCGCAACACAGUCGUGGAUGCCAGCAGCAGCUUUGAGUAUGAUGCCCUCUACCGGCUGAUCUCCGCCACGGGCCGCGAACAUCUGGGACAGACUAACGGCCGUCCACAAUCACCCACGGCGCCCGACUGGUCAGACAGCACACACAGUGGUUCCGAUGUGGGUGGUACCGCUAUGGGUCGCUAUACUGAGAAAUAUCGCUACGAUCUCUGCGGCAAUCUGUUGUCCCUGCAGCAUCUAGGCAGUACCCCUCAAGCCCCCGGUUGGACGCGUGACUACGCGUACAACGAACCCGGCCUGGUGGAGAGGGGACCCAGGUCGAACCGACUGAGCUCGACAACGGUGAGCGGCAGGACCGAGUCAUAUCGCUACCAUGAUAACGCCGGCCUGACGGGCAAUAUGACAUCAAUGCCCCAUCUUCGCGUCAUGCGUUGGGAUUUUGCCGACCGACUGCAAGCAACCUCGAAGCAAUCCGUCUCCCCAAACGGCACCCAAACCCCUGAGACAACUUACUACUCUACGACUUCCGCGGCACACGCAUCCGCAAGAUCACUGAAAGAACGCACCUACUUCGCCAGCCACGAGACAUUCGCCCGAUACGCCCCCAACAGCACCGCCGCGCCGCUCAAGCGCACUACCUUCCACGCACGUACCGAGUAUGGACACAUCGCCGACUUCUGCACCCGUACCAGUGGCACCGACGACGGGGUGCCCUUCCAGCUGCGCUUUCGUCUACACAACCACCUCGGCAGCGCCGUGUUGGAACUUAGCGACACUGCAAAGGUGCUGUCGUACGAGGAAUUCUUUCCCUUCGGAGCGACCAGCUACCGCGCCACGCCCGGUCAGGUUGAUGUUGCAAAACGAUAUCGCUUCACCGACAAGGAACUCGACGCCGAAAAUGGGCUUCACUUCUUCGGCGCACGAUACUACGCGGCGUGGCUGGGGCGUUGGACGGCGGCAGAUCCUGUCGUCGGUGCACGCACGCGGUAUGACUAUGCGGCCGACAAUCCGAUCCGGCUGGUCGAUCCGGACGGACGACAACCCAAACCCGCAGGAGACGGCGGGGGCGGCGGUUCUGGUGGCUGGAUAGACGUACCGUCCGGCAGCGUACUAGGCAGCCUGACGCACAUCGUGGCGCUCGCAGCCCUGCAGGAGCGCCUCUCGCUGCGCAUCCCACCCAUCCUCUCCUACGCCGAGUACCGCACGCUGACGGGCGGCUCAAAGUCCAACCCCGGCGGCGACACGACGGGCGAGAUUGACCUGGCGGUGCUCCUGCCCAAAGUCCCCACCCAUGGCAAGCGAGCUCUCGGACGCCCGGGCCUACAAAUACCAAUCCGAAACGCAACUCUACGCGAAAUACUUUCCCACCGACCUGGGACCCUGGGCCGUGUCACCGACGCCCGCCCCGGCAGCAUCAUCGAAUACCUCGACCGCGCCGACCAGUCGCUCCCGCCCGGCAGCCGCAUCCUCGACCCCAUCACCUUCUCCACGCCGCUGGGCGACGUCCGCAUCAACCUCGGUCUGCAGGACACCGACGCCAAGGGCAGCAAGGCCCGCGGCCUUAUCCUCUACCAGUCCAGAUCCGGCCCAAGAACGGCAACGCCAAGGCCACCCGCCAGAUGGCCGAGGACAUGUUCAAGCUCUUCACAGCCCAAUUGGCCGCGCAGGCCGCAAUGCGCGCGGGCCAGCAGCUCGGCCAAGCCGUUCCUGCUGGUGGCGGUGCUGGUAGUCACGGUGGUUCUGGCACACAAGGCCAGGCCGGACAGGGACCGACGCCCGUUCCGUCAGGCGGAACGCUGGAUGGGUCAAGUGGGCGGUUGGGGCGCGUUGGUCGUGGCGGCGGUGGCGAUUGCAUUGACCGGCGUCGGUGCCGUGGCGGAGGGUGGCAUGGCGCUGGGAGCCGGUGGCACUGCUGCGGCUGCUGGGGGUGGCACUGCUACUGCCACUGCCACUGCCACGGGUGCCGGCCCCGCGACGGCGACGGCGACGGCGACGACGGCGACGGGGUGGAGCUGGUUGAUGCUGGCCCCUGCGGCGCUUUGA